UUGCUGCUUUGGUUUUUCAAGGCUUAUGCUCUGUUAUGCAUUAUCGCUAAAAUGGUUUAUUUGGAGAUCGUAGCAAAUGCCCUACUGUUACUUACAUAUUCAGUAGCUUGUUUCACAAGUCCAUAUACUAAAGGUGAUAUUAUACACCAUGAACUGACACCAGAUUAUAUGCUUACAAGACUUAGGAAUCGUUCGGUAAAAAAUAGUUUGGAACAAAUUUUCAACAAAAUCAAUAUCAUUCGUAAUGUUGGCAGCCCUGGUCACCUUCAAGUUAGAGAAUUUAUUAGAAAUUACCUAAGCAAGUGCGGUUGGGAAACUGAUUUGGAUACUUUUGAAGAAAAUACAGUGGAUGGUGUUAAAACAUUUCAUAACAUUAUUGGUUACAGAAACGACACAAACUAUAAGAAAUAUUUGAUUUUGGCUUGUCAUUAUGAAUCAAAACUUCUUCCUAAUUUUGUUGGAUCAACAGAUUCAGCAAUGCCUUGUUCAAUGAUUUUGAAAAUUGUCGAUCUACUAAAUUAUGGGAUUAAAGCAUUGAAGAAAUCUGAUAUUGGUUUGAAGCUGAUAUUUUUUGAUGGAGAAGAAGCAUUCAAGAUAUGGACACAUAGUGAUAGCUUGUAUGGAUCUCGACAUUUAGCUGAAAAAUGGAGUAGUACAACAUCCAAAUCAUCUAACGAACCAGAAUUGAGUAAAAUUGAUCUUUUUGUCUUAUUGGAUUUACUUGGUGCAAAACAACCUCACAUACCAAAGUAUCCAUAUGAGGAUAAAGGAAGUUUUAAUAUGCUCAUUGAAUUGGAAAAGAGAAUGAGAUCGUUUAAUCUGUUGAAAUCAUCAGGUGAAAAUAAUCAACCUUAUUUUGGCCAUGGUGUUCGAUACCAGAUUGAAGAUGAUCAUAUACCAUUUGUAGAAAAAGGUGUCCCUGUACUACAUUUAAUUCCAUCACCAUUUCCAAAAGUAUGGCAUACAAUAGCUGACAAUGCUACAAUUAUAGACUGGGAUACAUCGAUCGAUUUAUUAUUUCUUAUAAAAUUAUUUGUCAGAAAUUAUCUACACAUUCUAUUAUGAUAUAUAUAUAUAUAUGUAAGGUGUGGAUUCUAUGUAUUUCAUUCAUAACUGUACCUAAGUCGGUGUAUAAUAGACUGAAUGAGUUUUUUUCAAUAGCUUGUAUAGUCAAAGAGUAAGUGUUAUUACACAUAACUGUAUAUAAAUAGACUUCCAUAUUUAUUUAUUCCCUUACACUAUUAAGGAUACGUUGUGUUUUCAAUUUUCUUCUUUUAUCCUCAAUUUUAUACAUUUAUUCAUUGUUUAAAUGAAUGAAUUCAUAAUUUCCAUUAAAAGGUUGAUUAGUACAAUUUAAAAUAAUAUACUUACAAAUACAUGAUAAUAAAUUAUUAGGUUCAGUGUAUUAUAAUAAACUUAUUUCAUUAUUAUCAG